AUGCAAACAUUUACUGCUGCAGAGAACCUGCUGACAAAUCAGACUGCGCCAAAGGGAAUUUCUCUCAGUGUUGCAGAGCUGCAGGUAAAGGUGAUUCCUGCCACAGAGGGACAGACAGUAACACUGAUGUGCAGCAGCAGCUGUCCUCUGACUGAAAAGCCUGCAGCCUACAUCUGGUACAAGAACAGAGAGUUUCUCUAUGAGGACUGGUCUCCCUGGUACCAAGAGCUGCUCAGCAGUGAGGAAGCAGUCACAUACUCCUGUGCUGUCAAAGGCUACGAGGAUCUCAGAGCCCCUGAAGUCUCUGUGGAUUCCAUCACAUCAACAUGCUUCAAUGUGACUUACACUAAAAGCGAAAUGUGUCCUUAUCAGCAGGGAUCAGAACAUGAGCCUUGUUCCAUCACAUUUCCCAGAGUGGUACAUGUUGUAAGGACACCUGGGAACACACUGACCUGUAGCACCUCAUGUCCUCUGAUCGGCCCUCAAACUGUCUAUGUGUGGUAUGAAAAUGGAAAACUUUGUAGGGAAAAUAUAAGGAGCAUUUCAACUCCAAGUUCUGUGAAAAACAACUUUUACUGUGUAAUUAAAGGUCACGAGCAUCUUCAAUCUGAUAAAGUCUGUGUUCAGGAUAAAAACUGCUGGAGAGUGAAUUAUGUCAGCAGGAGAAUCUGUGCUCUGGAAGGAUCUUCAGUCAGCAUUAUUAGUAAAUACUCACAUCCUGAUAACAUGAAACCAGAGUUUAAAUGUUGGAAUAAAAAAUGGAGAACAGGUGAUAAGGAACUUGAAAAACCGAUUGAGCCUUCAGGUCGUGUGGAGUAUCACGACAACGUGAAGAACCAACACAUCCUGACCAUCAAAAACCUGACGAAGAAUGACUCAGGAGAAUACACAUUCAUCCUGAGACGACAUGAUAAAGAAAUGAAACUGCCUGGAGUCUUUUUGAUUGUCACAGAGCUGAGAGUGAAGAUGAGUCCUUCUGCAGUGGUGACAGAGGGUCAGAGAGUCACACUGACCUGCAGUACCAGCUGUCCUCUGACUGACAACACAAACUACAUUUGGUACUUGAACAGUCAACCUCUGAACAUGACAGAGACACACAACAAACAUCUGAUCCUAGACGCAGUCAGCAGGGAGAAUAUAAGAAAUUAUUCCUGUGGUGUUAAAACCAACAAGGAUAACACCACAGCUCAGUGGCUACCAGCAGCUGCAGGAGGUUUUGCAGCUCUCCUGUUAAUAAUAAUAAUACUUCUCACUGUGUUCUGCUGCCAGAGUAAAAAGAAGGCUUCCAGUCAUUCUCCAAAGAGUGAAAUAUCAGACAACAAACAGCAGGUCAACCAUAAUCCCAUAUAUGAAAACUUCUCAGCUCACUACAGCAGAAUGCCUGUCAAUACACACCAACAAGCUCAUCUCUAUUCCAAUCAAGGUGAACUUGACUCCAAUCAAGGUGACCUCUACUCCAGUGAAGGUGAAGUCUAUCCCAAUCAAGCUGAACUCUAUUCCAAUACAGCUGAUCUAUACUCUAACAUCCAAUAUUGAGUCACUGCCUUUUAAACAGAAAAAAUCUCAAAAAAGCACCACAGCUGUUGUGUACAGAGUGUGAAACAAUCACACUCUAAAAUGGCACAUAGUAUACAGUAGAAAUGAGUAAAAAGUAGAAAUGCUUGUGGUUUUCAAUUUAAAGAUGUUUGAUGAUGAAAUGCAUGUGUUGCGUGCAAAGUAUAAGACAAUGUAAAAAUGUUAUUGCUAACUUUGUAUAACAUUCAAACUGUCCUACUUGUGAGCUUUGUGUUGUUGCUUUCUGCAUGGUUUAGAGCUUUCAAACUGAACAGUUAAAACUUUAAGUCAUCAUUUCUUUUUUUUCCUGAACCAUAAAUGAACCACUAACGGAUUAACAUAAAUCAAUAACCUUCAUGAGUAUUAAUAAAUAUUAAAAAAAGCUAAAGCGCUGUAGUAGUUUAAUUCUUUCAGCUACAACUAGUGUGAAGAUUUAUCUGAAUAAUCAUUUGUUUCUUAUUUCUUCAGCUUUUUCUGUAAGAUUCUUGAAUGUUUGAUGUUUGAAUAAACCAUUUUUC